AUGGGAACUCACAGGCUGUGCGUGCAGCUUGGCACCGUGGUCUGCGGUCUCCUGCUGCUCCUUGUUCCGAGUCAGGGCCAGGACUCCACAAGCCCCAUCAGGACCACACAUUCCGGGCAGGUGCGAGGAAGCCUGGUUCAUGUGAAAGGCACCGAUGUGGGUGUCCACACCUUUCUGGGCAUUCCCUUUGCCAAGCCACCUCUGGGACCACUGCGCUUUGCACCUCCUGAACCUGCCGAAGCUUGGAGUGGAGUGAGGGAUGGCACCUCCUACCCAGCCAUGUGUCCACAGAACCUUGCAAUAAUGGAUGAUGAUGCUCUGAAUACGACAUUGACCCUGCUGUCCAUCCCCAUGUCCGAGGACUGCCUGUACCUCAACAUCUAUGCACCUGUCCAUGCCCGUGAGGGCUCCAAACUGCCUGUGAUGGUGUGGAUUCAUGGGGGAGCACUGGCUGUAGGCAUGGCUUCCGUGUUCGAUGGCUCCACUCUGGCAGCCUUUGAGGACGUGGUGGUGGUCACCAUCCAGUACCGCCUCGGCAUCCUGGGAUUCUUCAGCACUGGAGACCAGCAUGCCAGUGGCAACUGGGGCUACCUGGACCAAGUGGCCGCACUGCGCUGGGUGCAGAAAAACAUUGCCAGCUUUGGAGGCAACCCUGACCGGGUCACCAUAUUUGGCGAGUCUGCAGGGGGAACAAGCGUGUCUUCACAUGUGCUGUCGCCCAUGUCGCAAGGGCUCUUCCAUGGAGCCAUCAUGCAGAGUGGUGUGGCCGUGAUGCCUGGCCUCAUCACCAACUCAUCUGAGCCAGUCUCCAUGGUGGUGGCCAACCUGUCUGGCUGUGGCCAGGUGGACUCUGAGACCCUGGUGGGCUGCUUGCGGGCCAAGAGUGAAGAGGAGAUGCUGGAGAUGACCAAGGCCUUCAUGAUUAUAUCUGCGGUGGUGGAUGGCAUCUUCCUGCACAGACAUCCCUAUGAGCUGCUGACCUCUGCUGAAUUCCAACCUGUUCCCAGCAUCAUUGGUGUCAACAAUGAUGAGUAUGGCUGGAUCCCCAAGAUCACUGCUUUGGGAGACUCCCAGAAGGAAAUUGACAGAGCAGCGAUGGAGACAUUAAUACAUCAGACUUCUAAGCUAUGGAUGCUGCCUGUUGACAUAGUGGAGCCGAUGGUGGAUGAGUAUCUGGGGGACAACGAGGACCCCAAGACCCUCAUGGCUCAAUUCCAGGAGAUGAUGGCUGAUGUGCUAUUUGUGAUGCCAGCGCUCCACGUGGCACAUUUUCAGCGUUCCCACGCCCCUGUCUACUUCUAUGAGUUCCAGCAGCCACCCAGUUUCAUGAAGGACUUCCGGCCGUCCCACGUGAAAGCCAACCAUGGCGAUGAAAUUGCCUUUCUCUUCAGAUCCUUUUUCUUUGGGGGAAAAGUGACUCUCACUGAAGAGGAAGAGCUGCUGAGCAGGAGGAUGAUGAAGUACUGGGCCAACUUUGCUCGAACUGGGAACCCCAAUGGCGAGGGCCUGCCACAUUGGCCUGUCCUGGACCAGGAGGAGAAGUAUCUGCAGCUGAGCACGCAGCCCACAGUGGGCCAGGCCCUGAAGGCCCACAGACGCUCAUUCUGGGCACAGACCCUGCCCCAGAGGAAGCAGGAGCUGAUGGGGGCUGAGCAGAAGCACACAGAGUUGUAGUCAUCACACGGAGCUACAUGAUGGACACACAGGCCAGCACCCACUCACGGUUCUUCAUUCAUGUGGCUGCCCACUCAUCCUCCUAUCCUGUUCAGCAGAAAUGUGCUGGGAACCCCACCACUGGGUAAACAUGCGCACCACAUACCAAAGUCAAAUCAGGACAAUAAAUACUUCUCUAAGUCCCU